UUAUCCUUUAAAUUUUAAAAAAAAAAAUGUAGAAGAAUCAGCAAAAACCCCUCACAAAAACCCUUCCCGCUGAUAAUAAUUAAACCUCGCGAUCUGAAGCUAAGAUUGAAAGAAGUAUCAACAAUGGAAACUCACUCGGACGGCACCGACGAAAUCGCCGCCGUCAAGGAACUCCGGCAACAACAUGAAACCCGUAUACAAACCCUGCACAAUGCUCAAUUGGAACUCAUCGCCUCUCUACAAACCCUGGUUCCCGACAUCGUCUCUUCACUCGACCUCUCCCUCAAGACCAUUUCGUCCUUCAAUGGGAAACCGUUUACCCCUUUACCCAACCCCCUACCUAACACCCCUAACCCUAACCCUAACCCUAAUUUACUCGUCCCCCCGAAGAUUAACCCCAAUUCUAGCAGCGGUGCACACGCAAAACCUGUUUCAGAAGCUUCUGGAAGCGUUAAUGAGCGGGAUAAAAUGGUAAUUGAUGAUUGUGGGGGGCCGUUGUCGGUCGUAAGGGCUAUGGUUGCAGUGUGUUUGUUAGAGAGAGUGCCGUUUACGGCUAUUGAUUCGUCUACUUUGUUAAGGAAGUUAGAGAAUGAUCAGUCGCAUACGGCUGCUGAAAAGGCAGCGAUUAGGGAGCUCGGAGGGGAGUCGGGGCCGAUAAUGGCUGUGGAAAUGGCGUUAAAAUCAAUGGCGGAGGAUAAUGCUUGUGUAGAAUUGGAGAAUUUUGUUGUUAGUGGGAAAUCUAGGGUUAUGGUGUUGAAUAUUGAUAGGACUAGGCUAUUGAAAGAGUUACCCGAAAGUAAGCAAAAUGAGGGGAGUAGUGUAAGUGGAGGUAAUCGGAAUAAUAAUAAUAAUCAGGAAAUGGUGAAAAGAGGGAGUGAUAAUGGAGGAUUUAUGGGAAUGGGAAGGGCAGUGAGUGAAAUGUGGGAGCAUUCACAUAUGCAGGGGAUGACAGCUAUGUUUCCCGGCAAUAUGGGUCCGAGAGGUGGGCAUAGAGGUAUGGUGGGUAUGAUGGGGAUGCCUAGAGGUGUUGGUGUUCCACCUCCGAUGCCUAGACCACCAAUGGGGCCAAAUGGUGGGUUUGUAGGAGGAGGAAAUUCUAUUGCUUUGAAACCUAGGACAGAAGAAGAUGACAUGAAGGAUUUGGAGAAUAUGUUGAAUAAAAAGAGUUUUAAGGAAAUGCAAAAAUCGAAAACCGGGGAGGAGUUGUUGGACCUUAUUCAUCGACCUACCGCAAAGGAAUCUGCUGUCGCUGCAAGGUUCAAAAGCAAAGGUGGUUCCCAGGUGAAGGAAUAUUGUUCAGCUUUAACAAAGGAAGAUUGUCGACGCCAGUCUGGUUCCUAUAUUGCUUGUGAUAAGGUUCAUUUUCGGCGAAUAAUUGCUGUGCAUACUGAUGUCAACUUAGGUGAUUGCUCUUUUCUUGAUACUUGCCGUCACAUGAAGACAUGCAAAUAUGUCCAUUAUGAGCUUGACUCGACACCAGAUGUAUCACCCAUGAUGAUGGGAGCAGCUACCUUGCCCCCUACGAAGUCUUUGAAGCCUCAGCGUGCUCAUUACUGUUCAGAAGUAGAGCUUGGUGAACCACAAUGGAUUAAUUGUGACAUACGGUCAUUUAGAGUGGAUAUUUUAGGGCAGUUUGGGAUUAUAAUGGCUGACCCACCAUGGGAUAUUCAUAUGGAAUUGCCUUAUGGGACAAUGGCUGAUGAUGAAAUGCGCACUCUAAAUGUCCCUGCACUGCAAACUGAUGGUCUUAUAUUCCUUUGGGUGACUGGACGUGCCAUGGAGCUUGGGCGGGAAUGUCUAGAACUUUGGGGUUACAAACGUGUUGAGGAGAUCAUUUGGGUUAAGACCAAUCAACUUCAGCGAAUCAUCAGAACUGGUCGGACAGGCCAUUGGCUCAAUCACAGUAAGGAACACUGCCUUGUUGGAAUAAAGGGAAAUCCAGAGGUAAACAGGAAUAUUGAUACUGAUGUCAUUGUAGCAGAGGUUCGGGAAACGAGUCGUAAGCCAGAUGAGAUGUAUCCCUUGCUCGAAAGAAUUAGUCCAAGGACAAGAAAGUUGGAGUUAUUUGCUCGGAUGCACAAUGUUCAUGCUGGGUGGAUGGCACUUGGAAACCAACUACAAGGGGUACGAUUAGUUGAUGAAGGGCUUAGGGCGCGGUUCAAGGCUGCAUAUCCAGAUGUGGAGGUGCAACCUGCAUCACCUCCAAGGGCGUCCGCAAUGGAAGUAGAUUCAAGUUCUAAUCAAAUGAAGAAUGCAUUUGCAGGAGGGGAACUAAAGACUGCAGGGACCCAGUUCGCUGAGGCCACAGCUCCAGAUGCAGCCUGUGCAACUGAAGGAAAAGCAGUAAAAAGCGAUGUGGAGAUGGCAAGCUAAUAACUUUGUUUCAAGAACUAGUUAUUUUCCAGUAACACUUGGUUCGUCCACGUAGUUUUGCCCUGCCUAUUUCUACCUGUCUCCGACAAGCUUUUUGCAGAUGGGUGUGGAGUAUUAUUUCCAUUAAGAUUCUCGGGUGGCAGGACGAGUCACAAUGUGCCUGCAAUUAGCCAUAAAAAAGGAGCCUAACAGCAGUCUUAAGAAUAGCAGGUUGAUAGAAUGUAAUACUCUCCCUUGUUUGUUGUUUGCUGAAGAUUAGGUAUUGUGUCAUAUACAUGUAACUUGUUAGGACAUAUAUCCCUUUUGCAGACUUCGUCCGCUUAGUGAGUGGCUGCCCAGUGUUGGGUGCAAGUGUAAUCUACGUCAUAGCUCAAGAAUGAUCAAACACCUACUCUUUUUCUGGCUACUGCAGUUUACCACUUUUCUGUAUGGUUUUCCAUUGGAAGCACUCAACUGAACCCCUCCUAGUGUUUACACCCAGAUUACUUAGUUUUAACUAGGUCAAUAUUAAAUUAUAUAAGCAGUUAUUUUUA